CCAAAAAAUGAUUUCUUAGAAUGACGAUUGCAAGCUCACGGAGUAUUUUUCAGGCAGUUCAUCAAAAGGACCACAAGACUCUGACACUGCUUCUGUUGAUCUUCGGCAGCAUGAUUCAAGGCCUCCUUCAGGACAUCGAGUGGCCCCCUCACCUUCCGGCCCUACAAGAGUUCGAACGACUAGAAGCCAGUGGACGCCUGCGGGACUUCCCUGUAGGUGAAUAACAGCCCUCCAAAUUAUUGGUGUUGAUAAAGAAGUCAUUGCCGGAGAAGACGUUGAAUUGGUCUGUCAAUUAUCUGGAGCUGAAGUUGUCAUUCAGGUAGAUUGGAUGAGAACAACACCGAAGACGGUUCAAAAAAAGAUUUUCACAAUCAUAAGAAAUAGGAAUACAACACCUGAAGAAGUGAAUGAUCUCAAAACACGUCUUAAAUUUAUUGGGAAUAUUCAAGAAGGCGUAGCAAAUAUUCUUUUAAAGAAUGCAAGUAUUAAAGAUUGUGGGAAUUACUCCUGUAGCUUUACUUUGUUUGAAGGCAGUCCUGUCAAGAAAUCCAUCCAGUUGACUGUGCAUGCUCCACCUGUGGUAAAUGUCCUCACUGUUACACCCUUGGUUGGCAUAAGUGAGGUAACUCUUGCAACCUGCAGUGCUGACAACGCAUAUCCUCCUGCUGAGGUGUCAUGGAAUGCCAGCUCUCUUGGAAGCACAGUGAGCAUUACAUCAAUCUCAACUGUGAACCCAGAUGGCACUAGCAAUGUCACCUGCAAUCUUCUGGGUCUACCUUCCAGAGGAAUCCAGCGCAAGGAAGUCCUGUGUUUGGUCAGACACCCAACAUUGAAUGGACAGCAAAUGUUCAAUUACUCUAUCAACAUCCAUUAUCCCCCUGAUCCUGCUAAAGUGACCACUCUUCAGAGUCCCCCUCCAUCUGUAGUGUUUCAAUGUCAAACAGACGCCAAUCCAGAGGAUGUACAAUAUAAAUGGAGAAGGAAUGGAGUUCCUCUCUCCGAUAAUAGAAUUACAAAAAAUGGAAGCCAACUCCACUUCCACAAAUUAACAUAUGACAUGAAUGGCCUGUAUGAUUGUGAGGUUUCAAACUUGUAUGGGUCAGCAACAGGUUCAUUGCAUGUAUUUGUUCCAUUUCUGCACCAAUGUACUCGAGAUUACUGUUUAAUCUGGAGCAUUUUCACCAUAUUCCUAACUCUCGGUUGUAUAUUAUGUGUCAGAUUUGUCCUGAAACAUUCGUUUGCAACAACAUGUUUCGACAACAUGUCACGACUGGGAAGGCAACGUAUGGAAACCCCACCAAACCGUGAGCCGAUCUCAGGAGGUCAAUUAUCGGGUAGAUCACAGUCACAGGAAGAUGCAAGAGAAGGAUCUUCUGAGCUGAGCAUGAUGCGUGAAGAAGCAGAGUCUCAGCAAAUAUGACACGUGACAUUCUAAGUUUUCAGAUUUAAUUUUAGUUGUUUCGGAUUUUUUAAAGUAGUGUUCACCGUAGUUCCAAUUACAGGGGGUACAGGGGGGUACUAUAGCCCCCAAUGAAGACCCAGUACCCCCCAAAGACACAGAAAUAUUAGUUUUGGGGGUGGUGUCAGAUAAUUUUUCUGAUAUUAAUUUUUACAGUUAGGCUACAAUACAAGCAGUGUUGUAAUGUAACGGAGUACAAAUACUUCAUUACUGUACUUAAGUAGAAAUUUCACGUAUCUGUACUUUACUUCGCUAUUUAAA